AUGGCGUCGGCCACGUCGGCUGCCUGGCGCGCCGGCACAUUUCCCAAUUCCUGUGAAACGGAAUCCGAUUGGGUCGCGGCGCAAAAACGAGGCAUCACGUGGCAGCAGCUCUCGGACCCGGAGCGACAAGCCGUCGCGCUCGACGCCGUGCGGCAGAAAGUCGAGGCCGGGGACACGUGGACGCGCCCGGCCGACGCGGACGUCAGGGCCCUGACGGCGCAGCGGAACGCCGCCCUGCGGCGUGAAGAGUUCCGUCAAGCGGAGGAGUUAAAGACGCGCCUGGAAGCCGUCAACGACCGCGGUGCGAACUGGUUCGACGCUCAGAGUGGGCAGUGGCGCGUGCAGGACGGUUUUGACGACGUUAAUGCGCCCGUCUGGCGCGACCGGGCGUGUUAAUAUGCUUUUGUUGAUGUUGUUAGUGGCGGCCGACGCGCUCUCAUUCUUACACAUACCCGAGACCGCCGGGUCCACCAUCGAAACGCUGAGCAUCGAUUUCAAGAAGAAGCGGUGCGGGAAGAAUGAGAACGGCGUCGUCUGGAAGCGUGCUUGCGACUGGCACACGCCGCCGCGCGAUCUUGAUCCAAGGGAGCGGCUGUACCCUGCUGCGGAGACGUUUUGUGUGGUAAGGGACCCGCUCGACCGCCUCCUCUCGGAGUACAAGUUCGAGCAUCGCGGUUCGUCACAGAAGCUGCACGACGCCGCCGCCGCGACGAGGUGGAUCCGGUAUCACGCGGGCCACGUCGCGCGGCGCCGCCGCGAGGACGGCGCGCUCUCCGCGCCCUUUCCUAAUAGGUGCCACUUCCUGCCGCAGACCUGGUUUUUGUGGGACGCGUCCGGGAAGUGUACUUGUAGAUACGUGCUCCGCUUCGAGUUUCUAGGGGAGGACUUCGAUGGAUUGAUGCGGUCUCAGGGGCUGACGAUGCGUCUAUCUCACGCGCGGAACAUCUCGCACCACUUGCCCUCGAACCUGACGCGCGCCGCCGUCGCGGACGCCGAGACGCUACAGGCCGUGCGCGGGGCCUACCCCGACGACUUUUCCUUACUUCCCGCCGUCAACGGGACGUGCGAGGACCUGGCCGACUACUCCGCGCCUUAUGAUUUGACGGACCGGCCGCGCGUCUGCAAGGGCGGGAAGCUUGAGUAG